AUGUCGCCUGGAAGGGAUGAUGAGGAUCAUGGAGGAGAAGUGGAGAGAGUGCAGGUGGCUGAUGUCUCGCUCAGGUUUCAGCCCAAGGAGGCACCUGAGCUGCGGUGCCGGCUCGCGGAGGAGCUGGGAAAGCAGGUGGUGAGGAGAGAAUUGUCCGCUCACCCGAAAAUCUGGGAGGUGCUGCUCGGUGCCGAUGCGGAGGGGAGCUCUGGGAAAUGCCAGUGUAAAGUUGGUGUCAUGGGCCUGAAGUGUGACCGGUGCAGUGAUGGAUACUACAGGUUUAACGAAACCACCUGUGAGCCGUGCCAGUGCAACAACCACUCCAAAACCUGCAACAGCUCCACAGGCACCUGCCUGCACUGCCAGGAAAACACCGAGGGAAACCACUGCGAGCUCUGCAAGGAGGGCUUCUACAGGAGCACCCAUCCUGCCCACGCCUGCCAUCGCUGCCCGUGCUCCACAAACUGGCUCCUGCCGAAUACGGGCUGUGGCAUGUACCUGGUUUGCUUUCUGUGUUCUGUAGAGCCUGGAGAAACUGCCCCGAGGUGCGACAAAUGCAGAACUGGGUACACUGGCCCCAACUGCAACCAGUGCGACAACGGCUACUACAACUCCGACAGCAUCUGCGUCAGAUGUAGAUGCAACGGGAACGUGGACCCGGCGCGCUCACCCAGCGUGUGCAAGCCGGAGAGCGGGGAGUGCAUCGGCUGCCUGUACCACACUGCUGGGUUUCACUGCCAGGAGUGCGAGGACGGCUACGUCCGAGAGCCCGAGGGGACCAACUGCACCAAGAAAGAAGCCACUCUCGGGCCAGAAACAAGGGAGCUGACAACUUCUGCUCCGAAUGCCAGUAAGGCAACAUCAUCUUCGAUCGCAGUGAUAAACAGUACAUUGUCCCCAACGACUAUACACACUAUAUUUCCUAUGAGUUCCUCUGACAAUAGUACCUCUGCUUUUGCAGAUGUUUCAUGGACUCAGUUUAACAUAAUUAUUUUGACAGUUAUCAUCAUCGUUGUGGUCCUACUAAUGGGCUUUGUGGGUGCUGUCUACAUGUACCGUGAGUAUCAAAACAGAAAACUUAACGCUCCUUUUUGGACCAUUGAACUCAAAGAGGACAACAUCAGUUUUAGCAGCUACCACGACAGCAUACCCAACGCUGAUGUUUCGGGGCUGUUGGAAGACGAUGGGAAUGAAGUGGCACCGAACGGACAGCUAACGCUGACGACUCCCAUGCAUAAUUAUAAAGCUUAGCAAGAAGUGAUCCAGCUAUUCCAAAGUUGGCUUAAAAAAGUUACAGGGCUUGUUGGAGGGGUAUCAGGAUCCGUGCCAAGGCUCCACGCAGAGGAAUUUGCUCUUCAGAUACUCUUACGCUGGGCGUGCUGUAGCUUGCAGGUGAACAGAAAACAAGCGUAGUACAUCCGAAUUUCAGGUAAUAUGGUGGAAUGCAUGCAGUGCCCUGUUCUCCAUAAAGAUCCAUAGAAUUCACUGUUGUUAAGGACUUGAUUACACUGAUCUUGAAAUAUUUAUUUUUUAUGAAGAGGUGGUGGGGUGGAGAAAGCAGUCCCCCAUGGUUAAUCAGAAGCUACUUGAUUUCCAGCCAACCUAACACUUAUGUCUACAUCCUUUAGUUUGUAAAGUAGCUCAUGAAUUAACAGUGGAUUUUCAGGAGAUAGACCUUUGUAAAGGCUUCAUAUUAGUUCCUGAUAUCAAUUUGUUUGAAACGGAGGACAAAAAAA